CUCUCCUCGUGCGGCUCGGCGGGUGCGGAGCUCCUCACUGCGAAUAAAAACCUCAUCGGCGCGUGCGGGGAACCCAGCGGAGCGGCGGAGAACCUGGUAAAAUCAGAAGGCGGCUCAUCUUUUCUCAUUUGUUUUCGUUCAGUUUAUUUAAUUCACUUUACUUUGAACCCCAAAACCUGCCUGUUUGCCUUCCCUGCCUCCCUCUUUUGUUUUUUUUUAAAUCAGCGUGUAUUUUUAUUACCUUAUUUUGUUUUCGGUAUCUUCAGAGUCGGGAUCUGUGACGGCUCUUCAUGGCAAUCAGAAGGGGACACAUUAGAUGCUUAAAAGAGGUCUAUGACAUGUCGAACGGUUACGAAGAUCACAUGGUGGACGAGCCGAAAGACUCUAAAACCAACCUUAUAGUAAAUUACUUACCCCAGAACAUGAGCCAGGAUGAGCUGCACAGCCUCUUCAGCAGCAUCGGCGAGGUGGAGUCAGCAAAGCUCAUCCGCGACAAAGUAGCAGGCCACAGUUUAGGGUACGGAUUUGUUAACUAUCUUAACCCUAGUGAUGCAGAAAGAGCAAUCAGUACACUCAAUGGCCUGAGGCUACAGUCUAAAACUAUCAAGGUUUCCUACGCCAGGCCCAGUUCUGACUCCAUUAAGGAUGCUAACCUGUAUAUUAGCGGGCUGCCUAAGACCAUGACGCAGAAGGAUGUGGAGGACAUGUUUACACGUUACGGCCGGAUCAUCAACUCACGCGUGCUCGUCGAUAAGGCCACAGGACUGUCUCGAGGCGUGGCGUUCAUCCGCUUCGACAAGCGCACGGAGGCUGAGGACGCCAUCAAAGACCUGAAUGGACAGAAGCCCCCGGGAGCCACGGAGCCCAUCACGGUCAAGUUCGCAGCAAACCCCAACCAGGUGAAGGGCACCCAGAUCAUCUCCCAGAUCUACCACGCCCAGUCCCGCCGCUUCGGGGGGCCGGUCCACCACCAGGCCCAGAGGUUCAGGUUUUCCCCGAUGGGCGUGGACCACAUGAGCAGCGUGUCUGGCGUGAACGUGGCGGGCAGCUCCACGUCCGGCUGGUGCAUCUUCAUCUACAACCUGAGCCAGGACACGGACGAGGGCAUCCUGUGGCAGAUGUUCGGGCCCUUCGGUGCCGUCACCAACGUCAAGGUCAUCCGCGACUUCAACACCAACAAGUGCAAAGGCUUCGGCUUCGUCACCAUGACGAACUACGAGGAGGCGGCCAUGGCCAUCGCAAGCCUGAACGGCUACCGCCUCGGCGACAAAAUCCUGCAGGUCUCCUUCAAAACCAGCAAGACGCACAAGUAGAGCGGGCUAGAACGGCCAGAGCUCCGAGUCUGUACCGUGACCGAAGGGGGCGGCGCAGGUCUGAGAGCUAAAUACUGUUAUUUUUGUAGUUUAAUCCACUUUACGCUAAACGUUUCCACUUCACACGCGGCGUCACUAGCGUCCUGUUGGACAGAGAACCUUUUUCUUUUCUUUUCUUUGAUUUAAUUCAAACUGUGCUGUAAAUGUUCUAGAUAUUUCGGGGAGCAUCUGAAAACACAUUUACACCAGAUCUGCAUUUGAUGCUAAAGCUAUUGUGUGAGAUGCUGGUCUCUGUGCUGUAAGCGCGGUCAGACUGACGCUGUUCAGCUCCCCAUAUAGACACACAUUACAGUCUUCGCACAGUAUUCGAUAUUUAAGUUGCCUUAUUUUUUCACCCUCUGUUCCUCGAACCCCGUCUGACCCCGUCUGACCCCGUCUGACCCCUGGAGCACUUGUCCAUUGUUUUUGGGUGUGUUUAUGACCGGACUGCAGUUUUCUGAGGCCGUCGCGGCAGAAAAAGCAGAGUGUCUGUAAACAGCGUUGAAGAGUGUGUUGAGUGAGGGGAACCUGUUUAAUACUCUGUGAUUUGUCUGAAAGGGACCCUCUGAAAAAGACUGAAAAGGACCAAAGAGAAGGUUUAAUCCCCCCUAAAGAGAGACGAGUGGGCCACUCUGGUCAGUGUGGCCCCCCCGAAAAAAGCGAAGCGUUUUUCUAAUUAGCCGGUACUGACGAUAUUUCUGUGUUCAGAUUAUUUACAUUUCAGCAUCAGCAGUUUCUUCUGUAAGGUUUGAUUUAUUUCUUUAAUUUUUUUUGUUUUUCUUUAGAAGCAAACAUUUAUUUACUUUGUUCUUUUUUUCCCUUUUUGUUUUUUUUCUUUUCCGUGCAGUUUAGGGUGGAUAGAUAAAACUUGGCUGUUUGUACUAAUCCAUAUGCUUCUGAAGACUGCCUUGUGAUUUUGUCUUUUUUUUCUUCCUUUCUUUCAUUGAUUUUUGUUCUUUGCUUUGGUGUUUCCUUUGUUUUGAUUGUUUUGAUUGUUUCACUUGGCAUCCACGAUCAUUAAAUUUUAUUUUGUUUUGCUGAAAGUUUUGUUUUGUUUGGUUUUUUUCAUUAUAGAGUUGGUUUUAUGAUUUCGUUUUUAAUUCAUUUUCCAUUCUUAGGAGUUUUAGGACCGGAAGGAGGUCCAUGCCUGGUUUGGUUAGUCUGAGUAACAGAUAAACGACACACACUAAAAAUAAAGCUCAUUCGGCCGUUUCGGGCAGCAUGAAGACGAAGCCUCAGCGAGAACGUUCACGAACUGCGUAGCGAACUACCGAAGUUAGCUGGCGAACUGGAGUGGUGGUAAAGUAGCUCACAGUAACGUUGUGUAGAUAAAACCAUUGUGGGUUUAUUUCCUCAGCCACGUUAGCUGGUUCCCCAGCCUCUUUAGCUAAUGCUAAUUCAGAAUGAAGGGUUAUGGUUUAGUUCGCUAACGCUACACCCCCCCGCUAUGUUAGCUACAGUAAAUCCCUCAUGGUUAACGUUAACGUUAGCUACACCCUCAAUCAUGCUGGCAGGAUCGCUCCUUCACAGUAAAGAGGUCCAGGGUUGGGUUAAGGUAAGGUCAGCUACACCCACAGCAAAGCUAGCUGGUGUAAAUCGCUGAUUCAGAGUUACGAUUAGCAUUAGCUACUCAAACAACCAGCUAGCUUAAAUCUCACAUUGAGAAUAACAGGGAUAAAGUUCGGGUUAGCGACUCUCAACCCUGUUAGCAACAGUAAAUCGCUAAUUCAGAACAAAAUUGCUGAGAUCAGGAUUAGGGAUAGGUUUAGCUACACCCUCAGCAACAUUAGCUAGCAUGAAUCGCUAAUUAAAAAUAAAGGGUUAGGGUUAAAGUUCAGGAACGUUAGACUCCCAACUAUGUUAGCUAGUGUAAAUCGCUAAUGCAGAAUAAGGGUUAUGGUUUGGUUUAGAGGUAAUGUUACGACUCUCAACCCUGUUAGCAAGAGUAGAUCGCUAAUUCAGAAUAAAAUGGCUAAAAUCAUGAUUAGAGAUAAGGUUAGCCGCAACAUUAGCUAGUGUGAAUUGCUAAGUUUACAGCCCCAGUUAGGUUAGCUAGUGUAAAUUUCUACUUCAGAAUAAAAGAGUUACGGUUUGGUUUAGAGGUAAUGUUACCCCUCAACCCUGUUAGCAAGAGUAGAUCGCUAAUUAAGAAGAAAUUGGCUAAAAUCUUGAUUAGGCACAAGGUCAGCCGCACCCUCAGCAACAUUAGCUAGUGUGAAUCGCUCAUUUAGAAUGAAAGGUCAGCGUUAAAGUUUACUAACUUUACACCCCAAACCCUGUUAGUGUAAAUCUCACCUCCAAAAUAAAAGUCCCGGGAAUAAGGUUAGAGCAGUGUAAAGCACUCCUUCAGACUGAAAGGGUCAGGAUUAGAGGGGGAAAGGGAAGCUAAAGCCCCAACCACGUCAGCUGAUUUAUAUGGCUAAUUCAGAAUAGCACAGUUAAGGUUGGGGUUCCGUGUUUGCCCAGCAGUGCUAGAUUACGUAAAUCGCUCAUUGAGAAGAUUGAGGGUUUUGGUGAUGAGGUUAGCUAAACCAUCAAGCAUUAGCUGUGUAAAACUCUGAACGUUAGCUACACCCUCAGCCAGGUUGGCUAACGUGAACAGCUCCUGUAUUAAACCCUUAUAAAACGUGUUCUUUAGUAAAGACAAUGGUUCUGUAUAGAACCAUAAACAGUCAUAGUAAAAUGGUUCUUCAGAUUGAUGGAGUGUGUGUUGUAUAUGGUUC